CCCCCCGACCCCGGACGCGCAAGCUCCAGGAUCUGCGCGCGCCCGCGGCGCGUCCCCGCAGAGUCCGCGCGCCUCGUGCCUCGUGCCUUGCGCCUCGAGCCACGUCCCCGCCCCGGCCUCGCGCGCCGCGGAGUUGGCUGCUGGGCGGCGCGGGCCUGGGUGUGGUCGGCGGAUCUUCGCGGCGCUGGUCUCCGCGGUGCACUGCGCUCUGCACGCUGGCUUCGCGCGCCAGGGGCUGCUGAGCGCCCAGCCGACCACCGCACCCCCAGUCCACGCGGGCCCCAGCUCCCUCCAGGACUUUCAUUUGUUAGUUUCUACCGUGAGGAAAUUCAAGGAUGAGUGAGCUGGAACAACUGAGGCAGGAAGCCGAGCAGCUACGGAAUCAGAUCCAGGAUGCUAGGAAAGCAUGUAAUGAUGCAACACUUGUUCAGAUCACGUCAAAUAUGGAUUCCGUGGGUCGAAUACAGAUGCGAACGAGACGUACGCUGAGGGGUCACCUAGCUAAAAUCUAUGCUAUGCACUGGGGAUAUGAUUCAAGGCUACUAGUCAGUGCUUCCCAAGAUGGAAAAUUAAUUAUUUGGGAUAGCUAUACAACAAAUAAGAUGCAUGCUAUCCCUUUGCGGUCUUCCUGGGUGAUGACCUGUGCUUAUGCUCCCUCUGGUAAUUACGUUGCUUGUGGAGGACUGGACAACAUCUGCUCUAUAUAUAACUUAAAAACCAGAGAGGGAAAUGUGAGAGUGAGCCGAGAGUUACCGGGUCACACAGGCUACUUGUCGUGCUGUCGGUUUUUAGAUGAUAGCCAAAUAGUUACAAGUUCGGGAGACACAACUUGUGCGUUAUGGGACAUUGAGACCGCCCAGCAGACCACCGCGUUCACCGGGCAUUCUGGAGACGUGAUGAGUCUCUCCCUGAGUCCCGACAUGAGGACUUUUGUUUCCGGUGCUUGCGAUGCCUCUUCAAAAUUAUGGGAUAUUCGAGAUGGAAUGUGCAGACAGUCUUUCACUGGGCAUGUGUCGGAUAUUAAUGCUGUCAGUUUUUUCCCAAAUGGAUAUGCCUUUGCCACUGGCUCUGAUGAUGCCACUUGCCGGCUCUUUGACCUUCGUGCAGACCAAGAGUUAUUAUUGUAUUCUCAUGACAAUAUCAUCUGUGGGAUCACUUCCGUAGCUUUCUCAAAAAGUGGGCGUCUCCUGUUAGCUGGCUAUGAUGACUUCAACUGUAACGUAUGGGACACACUCAAAGGAGAUCGUGCAGGUGUUCUUGCUGGUCAUGACAACCGUGUCAGCUGUUUAGGUGUAACUGAUGAUGGCAUGGCUGUGGCAACAGGGUCUUGGGACAGUUUUCUUAGAAUCUGGAAUUAACAAUACAUGCAAAUUUUCCAUUCUCCACUGAUACCUGGAGAAAUCAGUACUACAGCCUAUAGCUGUGAAAAAGAAUUUACCUUAUAUUUGCAGGUGAAGAUUUUUCUAGAGAUUAUUAUAUACAAAAAAGAAGCUUUCAGUAAACUACAAAAUAAAAAAGGUGAAAACAAGGUAAAGGUGCUUGCUGAGAUCAGGACCAGUAUAUUAAUCUGAGGAGUUGAGCUCAUUUAACCUUGAUGAAUUCUUGCUUGUAUUGUCUAAUUCUUUGUGUAGACAGAAAUGUAUACAUUACAGCAACCUAUCAUGUUAGAAUGUACGUUUGCAUUUCUUCAGAGUUACAUUUUUAACUUUAUAUAGAGGUAUCGCAUUUUUGUGUUCUGUAGUGGAGGAACAAGGCACAGUAAUACAUGGAAGUGAGACCAUACAUGUGUGUACUGAUGUUUAAAGAAUAUCUCCUUGAAUUCCAGCUUUCUUUUUGAUCUGAAAGAGAUCCUGGUUGCUGUUUAAGAAUGCUGACAACAGGGACCUACUAUACAGCUCAGUGUUAUGUGGCAGCCUGGAUGGAAGUUUGGGGGAGAAUGGAUACAUGUAUGUGUGGCUGAGUCCACUUCGUUGUUCGCCUGAAACUAUCCCAACAUAAUUGGCUAUACCCCAAUACAAAACAAAAAGUUAAAAAAAAAUGCUGUCAGACAUAGGUACCGCUGAGGGGAGUCUGUGUGAGUAUCAAUAGUUUCUGUCUCAUCCUCUCCCAUCUUAUCAGUUUAAGUAAGUGCUUAUAUUGAGUCCUUAAUUUAAAGGGGACAUAAUCUAAAGGCCAGGGAAUCUCACUCUGGAAUUUGAGACAUACAUAAGAAACUCGUAUUAUAUUAACAGGUAGAUAGCAGUAAUCACAUGAAUGUUCUUAUUUUUUAAAGUUGGAUAUGAUCAAAUGACACUUAGCAUUCUAAAUAGUUAGGCUUUCCUUCUGAUUUCAUCUCCUAGAGGUGAGUUUGCAGGGUGAACUCUGAUGACCAUUUGGACUGUCUUUGCAUCUGAAGAAACUUUCCCAGUGUUUCCAUCAGUAUGUAUCUAGGAAGGACACAUAGUGUGUGAUGGCAUUAUGAUUUUGAAAGAAGUAUAAAACCUAACAAAUCUAUUUGUUACAUUGUUACAAAUAGUUCCAAUGUAAGGUUGCUUUAUGAAUGUUCAUAUAAAAUCUGAAUUGAUGUUAACUCUCUGUGUCUUCAAAUAUUUAAAAAGGAAACAUUCAAGCUUUUUGAUCUUCUGUACCAUUUCCUCCCACUAGGACAAAAUACUGGUUUCUAAGUGGUUUUGCUUCAAAGGAUACCUAGAUCAAAGUGAUCCCCAACUUUAAAGCCAAAAGAUAAUUCCAAGAGCAGUUCUUAAAGGAGUCAGAGGAAAAUACUAAGCAAUUUCUCUGCUUGUCAGUGAUAUGUGUUUAUUACUAGAAUGAGCCCCCUUGAAUUUAAACAAAGAUACUUUCGCUCCUGAAUUUUCUCUUACAAAUAAUCUAAAUGAUUGACGAUAGAGUAAGUCUUGCUUGAUAGUGAAGUCAUGGAGUUUUUCUAAUAUAGAGGUGUGUUGUGUUUUGUACUUAGUAAAUUGUGUCAGUUACUGUUGAGCUAGAUCUGUUAACUUUUGAUCACCUGUAAUCCUAAAUACUCCCAAAUUUUACUUGUAAAUUUCCAUUUUUAUAUUGUGGAUGUGCUAAUAAUUGCAUCUGCUGUCAGGAAGUAACUGUUUUAGGAUACUAAAAAGAGAAUAAAAUGGAAAAAGGAAGAUUAAGAUAUAGGACCAAAAAAAAAAAAAACCAGGCUGUUGUAGAUGGCAGGCAUGAAUGUGUAUUUAUAUACAUAUAACAUAAAUCCUGUUACGUUUGUGAACUAUUUAAGAAGUGAUAUAAAGAGCAGCUCUUUGAGAUAAGGCAAGACAAUUUUUAAGGGACAGUCAUUUCCAAAAAUAGAAGUGAGGAUUACCAUGUAGUUCAGCAAUUUAUUCCAAAAUCCUGUUGAAGCAAGCACUUGUAGCAUGUGCAGAAUUGCCUUAUAUAUAUGAAGAGUAUCUCCACUAGUUUGAAAAUGAUUCUAGUAACAAGAUAAUUUAGAGGCACAGACUUUAAGAAUUCUGUGGUCUUAAACAUGUUGAUAAAAAUGAUUUAACAUUAUUAAACUUUUUGUAGGUGGUUAAAAGGCAGUUAUCAUAAUUAAACAUGUACUAGGCAACUGAAAAUUAACCACUAUCAUGGCUGAUUAUACAUAUGACCAAAUGGUGAUACCAUAUUAAUUAACUUACAGGUUAAAACUUGUUAUCUAGUGAUAUGGGUCCCACUUGCUAAAUUUGUGUACUUGCAGUCUGAGUUCAUCUGAUUGUAUAUUUAAAACUUCCUGAAAUUGGUAUAUUUUGUAGAUGCACAGUACAGCUUGAAUCUUAGUUUUUCCAAACUUAAAAAAGGCCAAAUGUAGUUUAAGGAAUUUGCAUCAAUAUUGCAGUUCUGGUGCCUGAUUUUUUUUCUUUUUACCUAAGAAACAUUUAAACAUAAUGUGCCUCGGUUGGGUUUAUUUGUCAAUUCUUUAAUCACUGCAUAAAGAACACUUAAGAUAUGGCAGUAUUUUAAAGGCAAAUACUCUUUUCUCAAAGUGGGGUGAUGGCCUUGUGUUCAGCAAAUCAACCCAUAAACCUCAAAAAAGCACUUCAUGCUGUCAGCAAGGACACUGCCUCCACUUGGAUGGACCGGCCUCAUUUUUGACAGCUGUGCUGUUAGAUUUAGAUUAAAUAUUCAAGUUUCUUCCCUAGCUCAAAUUUUUAUAGUUGUAAAUCCGGUUACAACAGCAUAUUGAGUUCCAUCUUUAGAGAGGCAAAGAUUUAGGCUUAAUAUCCAAGAGAUACUUAAGUAUCAAGAGAUACUUAUACUUCUUAAUUCUGCAAGAGAGCUUACCUGGUAGGCAGUCUCCUUGUUUUAAUUUAGACUCAUCUGAACUGAUUAAUACUGCAUGAUGAUAGUAAAUUAGUCUCUUAGACAUAACAGAAGUAGGUGCUUCUGAAAUAUGUUAAGUAAUUUUAAAGUUAACCUAUUGAAAGAGAAAUAAACCUCGGCUUCUUCAGGUGACAAAAUGAAAUUUUUGAAGUUGCUAAAAAAUACAUAUAUAACUAACCGUCUCCAACACUUUCGAUGUUUUAAAUUUAGAAAUUACAUUGUUUUAAAAAUGAACAUGUUCAGGGAAAUUUAUGCUUAUUGGUGAGUGUCUCACAGUUUAAAUUAUAACAGUCGAAUACUUGUGGCUUACCUAUUGAUGUGUUUAAAUGUAAUGGAAACUGAUUAAAAACAAUCUCCCAAACAGGCCUAUGAUUUUAGUAAUAGAUUCUUUCUAAAAUCUUUAGGGUGCGAGUUAGGCUUAAAAACAUUUUCAAAUUACUAUGUUCAGUUUCUAAUUUCCCUUUUGCCAUUGUGGAAAGCAAAAUUUUAAACUAUUUCUUACCUCAUUUGAAUUUUGAAAACACCCACCAGACUAUCUUGUGAGAAAUGAUAGCACAGUGGAUAAUACUGGUAUUUUAAAUUAGACUAAAUAGAAUGUGAUGCACCCUUCAUAUUUACUACUUCUCCCAUUGUUCAUUGUAAGUUGCCUUAAAUUCAAUGCUAUAUUUAAAAGUAUUGGUUAUAAUAGGUACUCAAUAAAAUGGUCUGUAGUUGAAUGUCUAAGCUAGCAUUGUUUAAAAAGUAAUUUAUUAAUCAGAAUGAUGGUACAACUUGUGUUUAGCAAAUUUGUUUGCAUGUUGAUAAAAUUUCCUAAAUCUUUUUUCUUAAAACCAGUAUUGAGCCUAUAAAAUAGUUGACUAAUGCAGCAUAUGGAAAAACUGGUUAAAUUUUAGUUUCAAUUGAUGUUAAGUGUGCCCGACAAAAUCUUACAUCAUACAGUAUUUUUUAAUUAAUAGAACUUCAGUGAUAUACUUGGUAGAUAUUUCAAGCCUUUUCUGUCUCUUACACAAUGGUGCUCUAUCCUAUUGUUUUCUCAAAGAAGCAUCUGAACACUUGCAUUUGCAUAUUCUUAUCCAAAGGCAUUCACAUCUAAAUGGGUUUUUUAAGUUGAUUAAAAUGUUUUUCUUCACCUAGAGUGGUUUCUGCAACACUUGUGGCCAACUGAACCUGAAUGUCAGUAGUCUGUGGGAAAGGUGAAUGUAUUAGAUUAAAGCUCUUAGAAAAAAGCUUUAAACCAAACUAUGUACUUGUAUCAUGACUUAACAGUAUUCUUGAAUCAUUCUUGCAGUAAUUCAUUCCUUUAUUUGUAUAGUAGCUCUGUGAAAUAAUGUUGCUGUGAAUUGAUAUUGUAAUCAAUAAAGUGCUUUUAACCAGA